GCUAAAACUUGAAUCAAGUUCUAUCAUCACGAGUCUUUUGACCCAAAUAGACAAAAAAAACGUCUCUGAGUUUCGGCCCAUGGAACUUUCGCAGUCGGACCCAACCCGGGAUCCGGAUACCCGGCAACGUUGCUGCUGUUUCCCCAGCUUCCGAUCAAGAAGCUCCACCGCCGUUGGAUACUCCUCCUGGGGACGAAUUCGAACCGUCGAUGACAGUAAUCACAGCGGCGACCACGGCGACGAGCCACGGUGGUGGAUCCGAGCAUCCUUGAAGAUCCGAGAGUGGUCAGAAAUCGUAGCUGGUCCACGGUGGAAGACUUUCAUACGGCGAUUCAAUCGCGAUCCACGACGCGGCCGCGAUUGGGACGCAAGCGAGAAGUUUCAAUACGAUCCUUUGAGUUACUCUUUGAACUUCGAUGACGACGACGAGGAUGAAUACGUCGGAUUAGGUGGAUUGCGAAGCUUCUCUACUCGAUUUGCUUCUGUUCCGGUCUACUCAGGUAAAGCUCCGGCGAUUUCGCCGACGUCUUUGUCUGCGUUGACGCCGCGUAAUGAGAUAACUGAAAGUUAGUGGGCGCGUGUGAGAAACGCGUUUGCGUUUCUGGCGGCGGCGGCGAAUAUGCUGUCAAAAUGGUUGACUGGUUGGUUUACAUCUUUUUUGGGGGUCUGUCGCGGUAAUUGCGUGUCCUUAUUUUAUUCUUUUUUGUUUAAUUACUCUGUUUAUAUAAUUAAUAUGAUCAACUUUG